AUGAUGAGCCCCAAAAAGAGCAAAACCGGUCGUGGACUGUCGACGGAUUUUCAGCAACCUUAGGGGUUUGGUAAACAAUCGGUGGAUUUAUUGCUGGGUAACGUUUCGCUUUUGACACAAAAGCUUCGUCAGGCCAAUCAGAUCGCCGCAGUUCGGCCCACAAGAACUACACACACGCAAGUGGAUGAUACUGUGAUUCAUGCUUGUUGUACUUUAGAGUUUGGCUACAAGCACGAUAUUCUAUUGUCAACAGCAGCACAUGACUAUGAUAAUGCUAGCACCCCAUUGAGGGUGUAUCGAUCGGGCAGCUGGGGAAAUCGAUCGACCUUGGCUCAUUUAAAUCACCUCCCCGUUGGAUCGGCAGCAAAAGGCAUUAUUUCCACAACAAGUCCUGAUUGCACGAACAAGAAGAUGUUGCUUAUUCGCGUAUGCCUGCUAGCUGUGUUGGGCAUACAGCACUGGCAUUACACGUACGGACAUCUAAGUUUGGAAUGCAGUCUGAGCAAGCUGGACCAAUAUGUACAGACCAUUCAACUUGCCGAUUCUGGCGACGGGUUCACUGAAAUGGUUCCGCCUAAGCCGGAAACGCAACACAUAUGGCCCAAAGAAAUGGCCGUGUUACACUACGAAUAUUCACGUCCGACAGUACCGAACAAAGUGUGGUUGUUCAAAACGUUAGGAGGCAAAUCAUUUCGAUUGGACAAGAAAAUUGAGGGCUUUCCUUGUUUCGAUUUGGGUGAGAUAGAGCAACGCGAGCCGUAUGAACACACCUUCUAUCUAAGAACCAACCUGGAUGGGAUGUACAUAUUCGCUGAAUAUGAUACCAAUUGGAAGUUAUUAAAAAACUUGGAAACACACAAAGGAAAAAAUGAGAUUUACACACCCCUCAAAACGUUUGUUGUGCUUGAGUUGGAACCUGCAAAGAUUGGACUAAUGCUUCGCAUGUCCUUUUACGAACCGUUCCCCAAUUGUACGGGGUCGGAUGAAAGAAUCAGCUGGGUCAUGGGAAGUUUGAAGGAUCUCCGUAGUGCUUCCAGUAUGCGUAUAGACAGAUAUUUGUUGGAUGGAGAGAUAAGACACAAGGUGAUCAGAACACACUGUCAAGCAUUGUCCAAUGAAUCCAGCCCGGUAUACAUAUCAACCUAUUACAAUAUCGAUCGUGCGCGCAUAACACCGAGUGGAUCACCAUUGGAUCAGGAACGACCUUGGGCGAUCAAAGCAGAACUGGGUGUCGGAUUGGAGUCGGAUGACCGAGUGAUCGUUCCGCUACCGGACCCAUUCGGUUCUGUCACACGAAUCAGGCUGAGUGGCAUUCAGCUAGAGAGCAAGGAUGAGAUUAAAGUGAUCCUAAAGACUAGGUCAGAAGAGGGAAUGACUGAAAUAUUCUGGGGUCCAGGAAAUACGGAAAUCCCAUUUCCUGUUGAGUACAUCACACCCUAUGUGUUUGCUGACGUGCGUCUAAAUAGGACCAUAUUUCACAAGAUAUGCGCCCGAAACGCGCCCCAACUGGACUGGAUGUUGAUCGAACCCAUGUACGGCCGAAUACGCACAUCAACUGGUGUGAUGAUUGCGAUGAACGUCAGGGAUAGUUGGACCAAUGCGCAGUUUCUCACUGAACUGAUCAUAGAAAAGCGGGGAGCUGGCCGACGCGGAAUGCGAAUUGACCGUGUAACGCUGGAACAACCAAAACACCCGGAAGAUGUGAACGAAAUGCUUCGAGCUGUUCACGAAGAACAUCCACUACCUGGAGCGACACCCGUGAUCAGUAGGGCGUGUCUGACCAAAGUACAUGGUUAUGCUACUUCGAGUUACUACGUAAAUUUGGAAGAUCCAGCCUAUUGUAUUCGGCAGGAUAAGAAGUUAAAUCAGGUAUACAAAAAGACCAGAUCGAUACGAAGUGCUUUGACCGGCUACUCCAUCCAAUUACUCUAUGAUGAUUUUGGUGAUGAACUGGUCAAUUCAACAGGUGUGGUGACCGGACACAUACAAAUGGUUGCCUUCUCUCGACGUUCACGUGAAGUAUCCGAUCCGAAAAUGGACUGCCCGAAACAGACCACACAGGACGGUGAGACAAUGCGGAUGGGAUUUUUGGUGGAUCGUGUCAAAGAUCGUGUGCAAUUCCUGUCCCGUUGGGAAGAUCGCUGGGUUCAGUACCUGGGGAACACCAAUGAUGUGUCUUAUGUGCCGGUGCAGGAAAAAGAACGGUGGGUAUCCACACCACGCGUCUGUCCACCAGAACGGACGGAGGUGGAUUUUGUGUACGAUUUGAAUACACGCAGUUUGCGCGUGGCAACGAAUGACACGAAUGAAUUGGUCCUCAAUACCACAUUGAAGAGACAUCCCAUGUGGCUUGGCAUUGAAAUGUUCGUCGAUGAGAACACCUCUCAUUGUAUCGGCUGCUUCCUUCAUGUGCAAAUCGAUCGUCGUGCUAUUCGUCACAAUCGCCCGAGCAAAUGGCCUGUUGUAGACACGGCUGUGAAUAAUUGGCACCAAAUUCACUACCCAAGACAGGCCAAUUCGAAAGCCCUGUACAAUGCAUGGGUUGAAGUGAGUCAGACGUGUCAGAGACGUGUCGCACUUACACCCAGUCCCAAGAAUUUACAAAGAAGAAUUUUGGAACUUACAAGAAAAUUGGCUAAUCCACUCGGUAUAUCGGUGGCAAUGGUGGGAGCUGGGGCUUACUGCCCACCGGGACAAUAUAUGCCGUAUGGAACACCCGCUGUUUGCGUCGGAUGUCCACCAGGCACACAAUCACGACUGCUUACGGAAAAUACCAGCUUUCCGGCGUAUGUUUGCCAACAGUGCCCAAGGGGAACCUAUCAGGAUAUCCCAGGACAAACUGAAUGUAAUCCGUGUCCUAAGGGACAAAGUACUCACAACAGAGGCAGUUGGAGCAGCGGGUCAUGCGGACCGAAUGUGACCACCGAUGGAGUUUUCGUUGCAAACACACGCGGAAUCCCGAUUAGAGGGGAGCCAUACAUUAUGGUGGAACUACCGGCAUCGAGCAAAGAGCAAACGUACGACUGGACCAAAGAUGAAGAAGAUAAUGAGUACCAGGGUAUCGAAGGUCCCGGUGAACUGAAUAUGGUUGGAACUGGUCGUCUGGUAUUCAACAUGGUCAGUCUGGUAAUCUUGCUGGGUUGCGUGAUGGCUUUCGUGGUCACAUCAAAGGGCUACAUGCUGAUAAGCAUCACUCUGAAGACACGAUACGGGGAACGCGGAUUAGAUGAUAUGUCUAACCAACCUCAAAGUCUGGCAGAAAUAGCUAGACGGUUUAGCAAGGAAGCAGCAAUGAAGGCGAAAACGGCGAGAGUGAUACCUCCACUGGCAUCGGAUAGUGCUCAGACAGAAUCGAGCGACCAGUGAGUAUGAGAAUAAUAGAGAAAAAACGUUACCGGGACAAAGCAGGAGUUGUUUGUUACCCAUUGCUAAUGUUUUUCGCGUUUCAUCAACAUUUUCAUUGAAC